GGGAGUCCCUCUAGUUCGACUGCUGGACCAAACCCGCCUGUGCGUUGCAGCUUAGGGUCGCUUAUGACUUGCUCUCUACCAUCCAGCCGAAACUGAAUGCCGUUGUGGUCCUCCGUUGCUUGACACUGUUCACCCGCUACCUCAGCUGCCUCGAAUUAUAUAUGAGCGCCUACUACCCUCUUGGAAAUGGCUUAUUUUACUUCUCUCUGUCUUUUCUAUCUCACCUACUUAGAUCCAGGAUUACUCUUAUACGGGUGAUGCUGUGCUAUUGAUUAUUAGCUAUACAUACACUCCUUGCUUGGAUACGUCAUUGGCGGACCCUCAACCUCCUCCCGCAAAUUCAACAGUUUAAGGAUAUUCAAGUCAAUUGACCAAGAUGGCACACAGCCAAGAAAAAUAUGACAUUGUCAUCGUGGGCGCCGGCCCUGUUGGAAUUCUGCUGUCUCUCUGCAUGUCCCGCUGGGGCUACAAAGUGAAGCACAUCGACAACCGCCCGGUGCCUACCGCGACUGGCCGCGCCGAUGGUAUUCAGCCUCGCUCAACGGAGAUACUUCGGAACCUGGGUCUGAAGCGUCAGAUUAUGGCUUACAAGCCAGCUAAGGUGUAUGAUGUCGCUUUUUGGGAUCCUCUUCCCGAAGGCAAGGGUAUCCACCGCACCGGAAGCUGGCCUAGCUGCCCUCGGUUCAUUGACACAAGAUACCCUUUCACUACCCUCGUCCACCAGGGCAAGAUCGAGAGAGUCUUUAUUGACGAGAUUGAGAAGGCUGGCACAAGAAUCGAGAGACCCUGGACAAUCAUCGGUUUCAAAAACGACGGCGCGGACAAGAACUAUCCCGUCCAGGUGGCGCUCAAGAGCAUUGAUACAAACGUUAUCGAGACCGUUCGCACCAAGUACCUCUUCAGUGGUGAGGGCGCUCGCAGUUUUGUCAGAGAGCAGCUCGGCAUCAAAAUCCACCAUAAGGAUCCCAUCUCUUAUGUGUGGGGCGUCAUGGACGGUGUCGUGAGAACAAACUUUCCUGAUAUCGAGACUAAGUGCACCAUCCACUCAGAUGCCGGCUCCAUCAUGGUUAUCCCGCGUGAGGACAACAUGGUCCGUCUCUAUGUCCAGAUCGCCUCUUCCUCCGAUCCCGACUUCAACCCAAGAAAGACCGCCACUGCUGAGGAAGUCCAGGAGACGGCAAAGAAGAUUCUCAAGCCAUACACUCUGGAGUGGGACCGCGUCGAGUGGUACUCUGUUUACCCAAUCGGUCAGGGUAUCUCCGAGAGAUAUACACUGGACGAGCGUAUUUUCAUGGGAGGCGAUGCCUGCCACACCCACAGCCCUAAGGCUGGUCAGGGUAUGAACACAGCGUUCCACGAUGCACUCAACAUGGCCUGGAAGCUCCACGCCGUCGAAUCUGGAUUAGCCGACCGUUCCAUUUUGAGCACGUACGAAAGCGAGCGCAAGGACAUUGCUGAAAGGCUGCUGGACUUCGACAACAAGUAUGCAGCCCUCUUCUCCAAGCGUCGCCCAACAGCCGGCGAGGUCGGAUCUGCAAGCCACACCCAGGCCGUUGCUGGCGGUGAGGAGGAUGAGUUUAUCAAGACCUUUAAGUCUUCCUGCGAAUUCACCUCCGGAUACGGCGUUGCUUACAAGCCCAAUGUUUUCAAUUGGAGUCCAAGCCAUCCCGCUCAGUCGCCUCUGUUCAACAUCCCUGGUGUUAAACUGACUCCUGGCCGCGCCUUCACCCCUACCACUGUGACCCGCUUGGCGGAUGCCAACUUUGUACACCUCGAGCAGGAAAUCCCUGCAAACGGAGCAUUCCGCAUCUUCAUCUUUGCCGGUAAACAGGCAAAUACCAAGAAAGCGAUCACGGACUUUGGUGCCAACCUUGAAAAGGAGCGAUCAUUCCUGUCUUCUUACCGCCGCAUCGAUGAGAUCUCUUUCUUUGAGCGCCAUCUGCCUCACUCCAAGCUGUUCUCUAUCUGCCUGAUCUACGCUGCUCAGAAGAACGAGGUUGAUGUGGAGGCCAUCCCUCAGAUCCUCCGCGAUUACCACCACCACAUCUACGCCGAUGACAUUCCUGACGUGCGCGUGCCUCUCGCCAAGUUUGCCGCCCAUGAGAAGCUGGGCUUCGACCCUGAGAAGGGGGGUGUUGUUGUUACUCGUCCUGACAGUCACGUUGCCUGCACUGUGCAAUUGGUGGAUGGCAGCGGCACUGUUGACGCUCUCAACGCCUUCUUCAACUCCUUCUCCACAAAGCCCCUUGGCCAGGACCAGCAAAGCCGUCUGUAAGCGGAAUUAUUCUGUUGAAAUCCUGUGUAUCUUUGAUUUUGUGUCCAUUGUCUUUCCUUUCUGUCUUAUGAUUCGUUCCGGACGAGCGAUGACGAUUUGCAUUACUGGCGUUGAUAUCCAUGUAUCCGCUUUUCUUUUCACUUUUAAAUAGAAGAUAGCCCAAAAACAAAG